CGGAAUCUGGCCUUAAACAACAUGAAAGCAUGGAUCCAUCCUGCCUUGUACCAACUGUUCAGUGUUCCCAUCUUCUGAUGCCUGCUCCCAGCCGGAUAACACACCAUGUCACAAAGCUCAAAUCAUCUCAAACUGGUUUGAUGACCUCCACAGUCACCUGAUCUCAAUCCGAUUAAACACCUUUAGGAGGAGGUGGAACAGGAGAUUCACAUCAUGGAUGUUCAGCCAACAAAUCUGCAAGAACUAUGUGGUGCUAUUAUGGAUGUCUCAUGGAUGUGCAGCGGAUCGGCUUCAGCAUCAUGGCAAUGACAGCUUCACUGAGAUGAUUCUAUCAUGUCAAGGCGGGCCGAAAUACUUGUAGCUAUUCACUGUUUCCAGCACCCUUUUGAAUCUAUACCAUGAAGAAUUAAGGGGGUCCAACCUGGUGCCAGCAAGGUGAAGUGUCUGAUGAAGCCAAAGAAGGUUGAUGACAGAGUGAAACUACCAGCAAGUCAGGAGGCCCCAUUUCAAAUGCAAACACAGGAGAUCCAGAUGCCAGAAAACGCAGUGACUAGCGCCAAGUAAAGCGACAGUGUCUUCCCACAUGCUUGCUGUUCAUAGAAGCUGCUCGCUGCAGCUGUACCCUGAACAGGCGACAAGAUGCAUGUGGCUUUGGCUGCCAGAUGCUGGGGAUAAUGGAUAGGACUGCAGAGGGAAAGAUGGAGAGGCUGUGGAAGGCCAGAAGAUGAUGAAGUGAUGGAGAUGUUAGGAGGCCACGGCCAUUGUGAUGCUGGGUGGCUGUUACUCUGGAGCUGCCAUCUGGCAAAAAGGGUGCUGUGUAAUGAUAUCCUCAGCCUGAAGGUGGCAGGAGAUCCAGUGCUAACCCCUAACUCUGUGUGCCUCAGGCUGGCAGGCCUCAGUAAACGUCAGAUGCGGAUGUGUGUGCGGAACCCUGAUGUGACAGCAUCUGCUCUGCAGGGCAUCCAGGUGGCCAUCCACGAAUGCCAGCACCAGCUCCGGGACCAGCGCUGGAACUGCUCCUUGCUGGAGGGCUUUGGCAAACUGCCCCACCACAACACCAUCCUCAACAGGGGGUUUCGCGAGAGUGCCUUCUCUCUGGCCUUGCUGGCGGCGGGUGUGGCUCACUCUGUGGCCUCGGCUUGCAGCAUGGGCAAGUUGCGGGGGUGUGGCUGCGAGUCCAAGCGUCGCCAGGACGAUGACAAGAUCCGGCUGAAACUCACACAGCUGCAGCUGCAGACGCUUCAGAAGGGAGGGGCAGGCAUCGACUUAACACGGUCAUUACCCUCAGAGCUAAAUGGUCAUCAUGGCAGCCUGCCCACUAACCUGCUCUCAACCCACCCCUCGGCCCUUCUCAAGCCCUUACCGGAUGAGCUAAGCUCUAUGCAGGACACCUGGGAGUGGGGGGGCUGCAGUCACGACAUCCGUUUCGGGGACCGUUUCUCCAGGGACUGGCUCGACUCCCGCGGGUCUCCAAGAGAUAUCCACGCUCGCAUGAGGAUACACAACAACCGUGUGGGACGACAGAUAGUGACUGACAACAUGACAAGGAAGUGCAAAUGUCACGGCACAUCGGGGAGCUGUCAGUUUAAGACCUGCUGGCAUGUGUCUCCAGAGUUCCGGCUCGUGGGGUCUUUACUCAAAGAAAAAUUCCUGACAGCCAUUUUUGUCAACUCUCAGAACAAGAACAAUGGGGUUUUCAACCCUCGGACAGAAAACGGCGCCAGCGGAAACACAGGGGGACUCAGCGGAGGGCGUCGUCGAAGCAUGUCCAGAGAGCUGGUGUACUUUGAGAAGUCUCCUGAUUUCUGUGAGCAUGACGCGUCCAUAGACUCUCCGGGUACACACGGACGCAUCUGCAACAAAACUAGCUACAGCACAGACAGCUGCAGCUCGCUGUGCUGCGGCCGCGGGCACAACAUCCUGAAACAGACGCGCAGCGAGCGCUGCAAUUGCCGAUUUCACUGGUGUUGCUACGUGCUGUGCGAGGAGUGUCGUCACACAGAGUGGGUCAAUGUGUGCAAGUAGACGGCAGUCCCCCGCCGCCAGUUCGAGCGCCUUUUACCCAUCCAGGACUCAAGAUGACGAGCCUGUCCCUUCUCCUGCUCCUGUUGUUCAGGCAUUUGUUUUUGCUUCUUGUGUAACUCUCCCAGAGAAUCUGUUUAUCCACCCCUCCACCCCCUUUUUUUUUAGUCCAUCAUCUGGGAUCUAUUUUCAUUUUGUAGAUGCUGUUAUUCUCAAAAUGCCAAGUCAGAGAUUGAAGAGGUGACUCAUGUCAUUUGUCUUCCCAUGGUCUGUUUAGACGCUGACCUUUCAGCCAUGAAAAUGGCCUAUACGUCAUCAUUUCUGUCCCACACAAAAAAACAAAAGGAAAAGAAGAAGAGCAACAGCAGAGGAGCAUCAAUAUCAGUGUCUACAUGCUGACUCAUCUUAUUGUACAGUAACAGUUUAUUUUAAUGUGUAUGUCUAUAUUUGUAAAUGUAUUAUUAAUAAUAUUAUUAUUGUGUUAGUGCCUGUCUUUUUCAUUUCAGUGAAUGAAAGAUUGAUGGUAUCCAUGUGGUUCAGGAUGGUGACCCAUUGCACUUAGAAAACAGUCUAAUUUUUUCCAGUUGCACACUCAUGUGUGGCUCUGAAAAGUACUAAUUUGGGAAUCUGUCUCGGAAUCUUUCUAGACAAGAGUUUUUUUACGGCUAGAAGAAGAAACGACAGAUGCAUUUCAGAAGUGCUGAUGAAUUUGACAGAGUGGUUUCUCACAUGAAGGACUUUCAGAAGCUCGUCCAAGCUUGUAUACUUCCAAACUCAAGAUGAGAAACUGGAAGUGACAUUCGUUUUGGAAACAAAUUCGGCCCUUCAAGUCUCUAGAUUGUGUGACUAAUCAUUCAGAUUUAUAUAAAGGUAACAAUAGUAAUUACUUCAUGAGAAUGGUUGCUAGUGGUGGUGUUUUUUUAUGAAUCUGUAUCAUUAUUGUGGCAGAAAAAUUCUUUCU